GCAUGGCCCUCUCCGGCAGCCGGACAGCUCGGCCCAGCCCUCCCGGGGCCGGGGCUCCCCUGCCCAGCGGCUUUAAGGGCAGCAGUGCCCCGGAGCGCUCCGCGGGCAGGGACCAUGGAGGGGAACGCGCACCUGCUGCCGCUCAUCCGCAAGAUGCGCUCCCAGAUCAACCGGCUGGAGAGGGAGAACAGGGCCCUGAGGGGAGAGCUGCAGGGCUGCGGGCACCGAGCCGAGCCGGCACCGGGAGAUGGGAGCGGCGCUGCCAGGAGCCUGGCCGGCGGUGGGGAGGGACCGGCCGCAUCCCCCGCAUCCUCCACAUCCACCGCAUCCCCUGCAUCCCGAGCAUCCCCUGCAUCCUCCGCAUCCCCCACAUCCCCCGCAUCCCCGCAGGGACUCGCCUUGCCCGCGGCAGCGCCGAGGGAGCCAACAGAUACUGCCAUGACUGUGAGACGCUACCCCACCAUCUCCCUGGCUCCUGCUCCUCCCAGCACCAGAGCUGGCAGGAAGCCUCCAAGCCAUGGGCCCCUGCAGGUGCCAGGCAGUGCCCACUCCCCUGCCCCUCCUGCUGCAGCACAGCUCAGCAGGGAAGAGGAGAAAGGCCUGGAAAAGUCACCAGCCAGCUGUCUCUACAGCCACUCCAGCAGCAUGAAGCUGUUCCAGGAGCAUGUCUAUAAGUGCCAGGGUAAAGUGAAGGCUGUGAGUUUCCUCUUACCAAUGGAUAUGUCAUCAUUUGCUGAAAAGCAAGGUUCUCUCAGAAGCCCACAAAAUUAGAGCAUGGAACAUCUCAUGACCAUCCCUGAAAAGGAUAUGUGAGCUGGUGAAUUUUUAAAGGCCCAUUGACUCCUGAGAUAAAUUGGCCUUAAAUGAUAGCUGUGUGUCAGGUUCCUCUGCUGCAAAACGUUUUGGCAGGAUGCCCAGAGAGCUUCACCCAGCCGUGUUUGGGUCACUGGCCUGAUGUUCAGCGUGGAAAUGGAAGCCACAACAAAGCCAGCUGGAAGCCCAGACUGUGAUGAAACCACACACAGCAAAGGUGCCUCUGCAAACUGCAAAGUGUCUCAAGGACCUUACCUCAGGACUGAUCUGACAGGGUGUUGAAGCUGUUUGUCACAAAAAGCAGAAAUUGUGUCACCACUUGUGUUUGCUGAUUCCUUUGACAGAAAGGUGUCUGGUGCAAAUGACAAAAUAAGAACUACCAAAGAGCCUGUGAGGUUUGCUCUGUAGUAAAACUUUCAAGCUUCACUAAUACAGCAAAGGAGAUAUUACAGAGUUAGUUAAUGUUGCCCUGGAUUUCUGCAAAGCUUGGCAAUGAGUUUAUGUCCAUUUGGGGCUCACUUCUAACAGAGCACAGGGGAGAGUAAGUACUUAUUGGUAUGAAAUGUGACUACAAAUCUGCUUCUCACUUGGUGUGCUCAUCCAGCUGGAGACUAAAGGCUGGACACCAAGGCAAAAUAGGAAAAACUGUGAAUAUCAGAAUUUUUUAGGAAUGGCUUCUCAGCACAGCCCAGACCAAAAAUCAUUAGCAGAAAUUCAGCAAGCAAGUACAACACCACUGUGAGACAGAACUACAGACAGAUUGCAAAAAAUGAGCAAUGCUUGUUAGUCUAAUCAUAUAAGUGAAGAUAAUGUUCCAUGUGUUUAUUUUUGAUUAGAACUAUUUAUGGAAUCAAAAUACUGCACACUGCUAUUUCUGUACAGGAAGCACAGAUGAUGGAAUAUUGUAUACAGAAUACAUGAAUAGUAGAUGUUUGUACAGAUAACUUUAUGGAAGGUUUUAAUUUCAGUGUCUAUCUUAAAGUCUUGAGUUUUCUAAGGUGGAAGCAGAGACUUACUAGAAAAAAAUCCCCUCUGGAUUUUCCAUGAUGUUGUAUACUUCUAUGAAAUUGUGUGUUUUCUUCAUUUUGAAUUUCACCAUAGUUUUUUAUAUUCAAGUGUAGUUUUAAUAUAUUCUCACAACUG